CCUUCUCCUCCUCUUUGGUGCCUCCAGCCAGGAGGCGGGAGUGACCCACAGCAGCUGACCCAGCUCGGGCACUGCCUCUCCCACAGCCCUUAGGACACACCAUGGGCCCAGAGGCUGGUUUGUGGCACACUAGCGACGACGCAGGCGGCGGCCCCGGCGACUCUCAACUGCCUCCCUGACCACUGCGACAACCUCCCCGAGGCCACCGGCACCACCUGCUGGGGAAUCUAACCGCGGCAAGGCCAUCUCCACUACCGACAACCAGCUAGGUAAACAACUAUGGCGGGAGAGAGGUGGCGGACCGAGGCGCUGGGAGAAGGAUGGGCCGUCUACGUCACGCCGAGAGCCCCCAUCCGGGAGGGAAGGCGGAGGCUACCCUCUCAAAAUGGCGACGGCAGUGACGCACCUGCGUACGGAACUCCUCCGUCGCGCCACGGACGACGGGAAGUGAGGUUUUCAGAAGAGCCGCCAGAAGUGUACGGCGACUUCGAGCCCCGGGUGGCCAAAGAAAGGUCCCCGGGGGGAAGACGAACCACGCCAGAAAAGUUCCGGCCGGAAUCUGCGAAAGAGGAAGUGAGGGAAAGCGCUUACAACCUUCGAUCUAGGCAACGGAGACAGCGGGGACUCCAGGAAGCCGAGGAGAUGAAGACGCGAAGGUCUGCUCGCCUGGAACAGCACUCGCAGCAGCUUCAGCCGCAACCGUCUCCGGUUACGAGCAGACGAGGGUUACGGGACUCGCCGUCCUCAGAGGAUGAACCUUCCCAAGCUGUUACAAGCCAAACAGUCUCAAAGAAAACUGUCAGGACACCAGAGACUUCAGUGAUGAGUGAAGACCCUAUAAGUAACUUACGCAGACCUCCACUGAGAAGCCCAAGAUCUGAUUCAACAUACAAAACAAAUGGAAAUACUAAAAUGAAUGAAAUAGAAACUGCCAGUAUCCUACAGGUCAAUAUCUCUGAAGAAGGAGAAACUGAAGAUGAUCUCGAGAGCUCCUACAGUGACACCACUGUCAAGCUCAGAGCCAGGGAUUCUGAUGAAGACUCACCAUGGUUACCACAGAGUCAGGACUUCACGGCGCAUGAGAAUCAGCCUUCAGUGCUGAGCUCAGGAUGUCAAAAAAACCAUCAGGAGAGGGUUGAACAAGCCUUAAGAAUGAGGGCUGGGAUGGCAUAUAACAACAUUCUGAAGUCAGACUUUAGAAGCCAGUCUGCAUCAACCUCUAACCAACCAGAACCAGCUGAACAACCCCAAAGUGAAUCUCCUGUCAAGAGAAAAUGGUCGCUGCUUGGUCUCGUUGCCGCGCUUGCUGUGGGAAUACUUUGGUUCUUUCAUACUCCUGCAGUGGAAACCACUGCUAUUCAGGAAUUCCAGAACCAGAUGAAACAACUUCAGUCUAAGUACCAGAGUCAAGAUGAGAAGCUGUGGAAAAGAGGCACAACAUUCCUAGAGAGACAUCUAAAUAGCUCUGUCCCUCGACCCCAGCCUGCCAUCCUGCUGCUCACUGCAGCCCAAGAUGCUGAAGAAGUGCUCAAGUGUCUGAGUGAACAAAUUGCCGAUGCCUAUUCUUCCUUCCGUAGUGUCCCUGCCAUCCGGAUUGAUGGGGCUGGUAAAGCUGCUCAAGAUAGUGACCUCGUCAAAAAAGAAGUAGAUCAAGAACUGACCGAGGGAUUCAAAAAUGGCCAGAAUGCAGCUGUUGUACACCGCUUUGAAUCCCUGCCCGCAGGCUCGACCUUGAUCUUCUAUAAAUACUGCGACCAUGAAAAUGCGGCCUUCAAAGAUGUAGCCCUAGUCCUGACCGUGUUGUUGGAGGAGAAGACACUGAAAGCCAGUCUAGGCCUAAAGGAAAUUGAAGAGAAAGUGCGGGAUUUCCUCAAAGUUAAGUUCACCAGCUCUGACACGGCCAGCUCCUACAACCACAUGGACCCAGACAAGCUGAACGGGCUCUGGAGCCGCAUUUCCCACCUGGUGCUGCCGGUGCAGCCUGAAAGCGCCCUGAAAGGGGGCAGCUGCUUAUGAGCAAGAAAAGCGGAAAUCCUGUCUCAAGUUUAAGCACUUUUCAGACAGUGUAACCAGAGACAGAAUUUGGAACCAUUUUUGAAAACUGGUUUCUUUUUAAAGGACGUUAAAGUUCAUACAUAAAGGUGGAAUAUCUAAAUCAUUUAUGCAGCCUAAUUAUCUGUGACUUAAGAGAAUCAUUUCUGUUUCCACUGAGAACAAUGUUAAGGGUGUUUAGCGUAGUCUAAAGUAUAUGCAAUUCCCCAAGGAUCUGCUUUCAUUCUGGCUGAAUCAUUCUUGCUGUGGUGUGACCAGUGAGAAGGACCUAGGAUCCUUUCUCAAAGAACCAGCUUUAUAUUUAACUUUGGAUUUUUUUUGUUUGAGACCUUAUUAGUCUGACAGCUCUCUAAUUGCAGCAGUGGGUUUCCCCAUUACUUUUUCUUUUAUACCAUUUAAGUGUGGGGUUCUUAGCAUCUACCUAUAAAAACAAAGUCAUGAAAGAUCAUGUGGGUGUGUGGUUUAGCCAGCCCUACCCCCACCCCUAUUUUAGAGAGGGGAGAAGAAAAUUGUUUAACAGAAAAGGAAAGGGGGAAAAAAAAGGAUAGCUGCAAGCUGGGCAUGGUGAGACAUGCCUAUAAUCCCAGCGUUUUCUUAGGGUAGUCAGGAGGUUCAGAAGUUCAAGGCCAGCCUUAUCUAUAUAGUGAGUUUUCUGACACCCAGGACUACAGUGAGAAACUGUCUUAAAAAAAUAAUAAUUUUAAGAAGUUUCAAAAUGAAGUGUUAAUUAAAAAAAAAAAAAAAGUGACAAGCCUCUGAGAGGUGGGUUGCUCAGACGUGUCUAGCUAUUACCUCAGUGAACUGUUACAAUUUGCUUUUAACUAAUGUCUUUUUUACCACUUAAAGAAGUUCUUUAGUUCAAAUACUCAGUUGUAGAGUAUUUGCCCAGCUUGUGUGAUCCCCUGGGUUCAGUGACCAGCAUUCCACAUACCUGUAAUCUCAGCGCUCAUGAAAUUGAGGUUGUUGCAUCUUGAAUUCAAAGCCAGCCUGGAAAAUAUAAUAAUGUCCCCCACUCCCCAGGAAAAACGAGUUCCAUGGUCCAAGAUUUUUAAAGCCUGUAUGUUAUACAGUUUAUUUCCUUAUUUAACUCUUAACAAUUUUAAAGGUAGGUACAUUGAAAGGAGUCUCUUUUUGAUAACACUUCACAGUUUUGUUUUAAAGAAAUAGUUUCCAGCACAAUCACAAUUUAAUGGUUUGGGAUUUCUUUUUUUUUUUUUUUUUUUAAUUUUUAGCUUUUUGCCAAUACUAAGGAUUGAGCCUAAGACCCCCAUGCCUACUUGUCAACUGCUCUGCCAGUGAACCUCAUCCCCCAGCAGUAGAAAAAUGGCUCAAAGUCAGGUGACUCAUGUUUGCAAUCUCGACACAUGGGAAGCUGGGGUGGAAGGAUUGCUGUGAGUCCAAGGCCAUCAUUAGCUAUAUGGUGUGUUUCAAGCUGACCUGCCUGGGCUGCAGAAUAAAAAACUGUCUCAAUACCACACACAUAUACAUACAAACAUACACGCACCACACAUACACACACAACUUCAAAAAUUGGUAGACAGUUUUCUGCUGCACUAUAGAGACCUCUGUUUUCUGUUUGUAUGUGUGCACUUUAAGUCCUUGAAUAGCACUCCAUAACAAACACAAAAAUGUACUAUGCACAUGAUCCAUUUUAUUGAGUGCCUCAACUCAAAAAGAGUGGCCCUUACCACACACAAAGGAUGUUGGAUAUAUGUCCCUACUGCUAUAGUAUGUUAGGGGUUUUUGCACUUAUAACUGGGCUUUCUCAUCUGUCAGCCGCUGCUUUGUUUUCUGCUCUUACAAUUUUAGAUCCACCUUGAGUUCUUUUGUCCAUAGCCUCUAAAUGGACACUCUACUUUAGAGUACUAGUGAACCCUUUUUCCCAUCUGGGAGUCUCCUAGUGGAUGGUAGAAAGUGAUCUGCCUUCUUUCCAGGAGGACUACCAAUAUUUGUACCUUUAUUAUAAUCUCUUCCUGUCAGGACUCUACCAAUCAGGGUUAUUUUGUAAAGAACUAUUAAAAAAAAAGUUUUUGAAAGUUUAUUUUUUACAUACAUAUGAAAAUACUGUUUUAUUAAAUAUUCCACUGGCUGAAAUAAUUUUGAAGUGAUAUGUUGCUUAUAUCUUUCAGGAAAAACAGUUACAGCAGCUAAUGUGUAAAUAACUUUAAAAGCUAUUUUAGUAAUUUAAAUAAAUUGACUUUUUGUGUUUGUA